UUUGUUUGGUAUAGCCUGAGCAGAAUUUUAUAUUAUAUAGCAAUUAUACAUAUAAUUUUAGAUCAUAUUACUCUGUUUAGAGCAAGGUAUUUGUUGGAAUAUGUCCAUGGCUAAUGUUUCAGAAGGUCCAGCCGAACACGCGAAAGAUUUGCCUGGGGAAUUUUUAAGGCUUCUGCAAGAGUUAAGUGCCGAGAUAGAGAACGAAUCACGAAUUGUUGCUGAAGAGAAGUGUCUUAUUGAUAAAUAUGAGGCUGGUAUAAAGGAAUGCACGAAUGAUAAUAAACAUCUUGAGGAAAGCAACUUGGAACUUAAUUCAAGUCUUAAACAUCUAAUGGGAGUCGCUGAAAGUCAACAUCUCCAACUUGAAAGUUCACAAGAAACAGGAGAACUACUAAGACAGCAAGCCAAGUCAAAAGAAGAAGAAUAUUACAGAGUUAAACAGAAACACCAUCACCUUAAAAAUGCGUGUGGAAGAAAAUAUGAGCAUUAUCAGGAGAUUUAUUGUGAGCGUAUGUUGGCGUAUGAGUCUCUACCAUUGGUGCCGGAAUAUAAAAGACAAGUUAGUAAGGUGGAGGAACUAGAAGCAGUGUUGCAUGAUACAAAAAAGGAUUUAGAUGCAGUGAAGCGAGAAAUGGCAACACUUCAGGCAGAGCAAGAUACUGUGAAUUUAAAAUUUCCAACCUUGGCGGAUUGGGGCGUUAAUCUAGCCCAAACAAUGCUAUCAAUCAAACAAUUAAAAUUCAAAUCGAGCAAAAUGAAAACUGUGAAUGAAUUACAACAAGAGCUAAAAUACCUUAGCAUGAAGAAAGCAAGCAUUUUGCAGAAACAUGAAAUAGAGAGAAAACAGAUUCCCAUUCAAAAUCAAGUACCAAAGUCAAAACCAAUAAUGAAAGUACCAAGUGCAGAACAAAUCCCACAAUCUACAAUAGGAAUGACCAAGCUGGAACCAUUUGGUGGCAGCAAAAGAUCUGUACCGGUUCCAAACUUUUUGUCUUUUUUUAAAAACCGAUCAUCUAUCCAACGUUCAACACCUUCUGGUUCAAGUGGAAGUAGUUUACGCAGUAGUUCUGGAUAUUCAAGUCUUCCAAAUAUUAAAGCUAUGCUCACUCCUAAUAAGCCUAAACUGCCUGCAGCAGCACCAGUUGGUAGAUUGGAGUCAGAGAAGCAGAAGCAAAGCGUGGAUACUUCUAUGGUUCCUCAAGUGGUUGAUCUCACUACUAGUGAAGAGAAUGAACAAAUUCUUAGGAAAAGUAUAUCUCUAUCUAAUCUGCAAGACCAGAAACUCAAAGUUAAAGAGCCAGUUAUUAAAUCCCAUGACAGCAGAGCACAGAGUGGUUCGUUAUCUGUGUGGUUAAAUACAACAUCUGCUAAUGACACAACCCAAGAUAAAAAACAAGACAUUGAAAAUGCAAUGGAAGUAACUGAAAACAUUUCAACUGAAACUGAAGAAAAGUCACAAAAACAAAUGCCCAAAAGUGUAAGUAUCCCCAAUGCUCCAACAUGGUCUCACCCUCUACCACAACCAAGUGGGUACAAUCGUGUUAGUGACUUACCACUGCUGAGAAAGGUACAAAUGAAAAUGGUUCAUGAAAAGUCAUCGAAAAGUUUAUCUCCUGGAUCCCCACAGUGCAGAUCACCAGAAACAAAACAAACUUCACCUUCGAAGAGUCAUUACUUUCCAGGUUAUUUUGAUGGUGCUGUUUAUGACUUACCUAUGAAGAGUGGAGAAUCAUUGUCACCAGUCAGUUCUCAGAAAACAUCACCUCGUACACCAGAGAUGGUUCAUAUGAUGACCAACCAACACAGAGAGAUGAUGGCUGAACUUGAAAAAUCUCCUGAUGAUUUCUAUGAGAUGCAAGCCAAUGUUAUUGCUCCAAGUAGUGCUUCAAACAUGGCCCACCCCAACAAUACCAGAUUUCAUGUCACAUCUCCACCAUCACCAGCCAUUAGUUCACAAUCACCCGAAUACAAAACCCCAGAAGGUUUCUCGUUUGGUGUUGGUGAGGUUACAAGCCCCAGCGGCGACGAAACAAAAUCUCCUCCCUUUUCUUUUAAUUUUCAAGCUCCUGCUCAAGCCUCACCCACCGAGGCAAUGAGUUUUAAUUUCAUGUCUUCUGGAGAAACUUCUCCCCCACAAAAUCUAGGGUUUAACUUUGGCAAUGCAAAACCUGCACAAAACGACUCUGGUUUUUCAUUUAGUUUUGACAGGCAGGAAAACACAGGGAGUUCUUCAACAGGCUUUACAGGUUUUUCUGGCGCUUCCACACAACAAAGCACAAGUUCUCCUUCUCCAUUCUUUACGUUCAGUGACACAAAUAACAACACAGAUUCAGACACCUCGUUCUCGGCUUUGUUUGGUUGUGGAAAAUGAGAUCAAAAUUUGUUUUAAGUUUUGUUAGGAAUAUUUAGGUCGUUUUUGCGAAUACCUGUUUUUACAUGUUGGUUUAGUUUUGUUUAUAAUUUUUUUGUUCCUCUAAAUAUUUAUUAUUGUGUUUUUGUUUAGUUUGAAUAAAAAAACAAA